AUGCAGGCUUUACAGUUGGCUGCUGCUGCCCAGAGUCCUGGGUCCGUGUACGAGAUCUCGGGCAACGAAUGCUGCUUCCUGCUCAGAGUCACAGCCGUGGUGCUGCAGGAGGUCAUCUGUGAGGACCUGCGCACGGGGCAGACCAGGGAGCUGCCACCCACCUUUAAGGGUGAGUGGGCCCCAUCGCCCCCAGGUGAGUUCCAGCCGGCACCAUGGGGACCUGUCCCGGAGGGCGGCAGGGACCGGGGGCUGACGCUGCAGCAGGCGCUGGGCAAUGUGCGGCCACAGCUGGUGCUGUGCAGAGCCCUGGGCCCCCGUGCACUGAUCCUGCACCCUGUCUAUGAGGUGCACACUGCUAUGGACCUGCGCAGGGACAUGGUGAAGCUCCCGUCCACGCUGGAGGUGGACGUGGAGGACGUCAUGGCCAAGGCGCAGCACAUCCGCUUCUCGCAGCCACUGCUGCUGAGCGAGCUGCUGCCCAUGGCGCACGUGCUGCCGGCCCAGGCCCAGAUCCUGGAGGGCCCGGCCGGCCCCGCCGUGUUCCAGAGCUCCUGGGUGCCGCGGCUGCGCCAGGGCCAGCGGCUGCAGCUCCACGGCUUCCGGAUGCGGCUGCGCCGGUUCAUGGGGGUGCAGGAGCUGGCAGCCGCCCUGUGCCCGGGCUGGGCCCUGCGCGUGGUGGUGACGCAGGACUGCGAGGGACGAGGCCUCCAUGUGCUCAGUGUCAGCGACCGCCUGGAGGCCCUGGGGCUGCAGGGGCACGGCCCUGGCACCUGCCUGCGCCACCGCCACAGCGGCGAGGAGGAGGAGGAGGAGGAGGAAGGCGAGGAGCUGCUGCUGCCGCUGGACCUGAGCGGCAGCUUCAUGGAGGAAGCCCAUGGCAGCCGGAGGUUUGGGCUGGGGGAGCUGCUGGAAGCCACGUGGAGUCCUCUCCUGCUUCUAGGCAUGCUUGUGGCCCUCUUUCAGGCUCUUGGCUCCUAG